AUGAAAGACAUGAAAAGGAAUUUGAAGAAGGGGACGUUUCCAACCAUUUGGAAAAAAUCCUUUCAAACACUAUCAAAGCAGAGUCGACGAUCGGUGAGUGAAAUUACAAUGUAUUUGCGCUGUGCUUAUCACCAUUAUAUUUAUUUCCCCAUUUACCUCUGACAUGAUUUUUUCUGGCAUCGUUGUUCAAUAUUCGUGUAAUGAAUGCUCUGACUAUUUGGACUUCCCAUAUUGUUGCAUGUGUUUUCAUACUUUUCUGCUUUCUUCCCAUAGUUAUAGUAAAACGGGCAUUUGCGCUGAGUGGACGUGAAGUCAAUUCCCCAAUUCCCAGACCUUUCCACUCAAGCGUAAAAUUUAGAAAAAGUGAAGCUACAUAGAAAUCCGGCUCUCUAUUUUUUGAGAGAUUAUCUUGCUGUUACUUUGAGAUUUGACAGUACUCCAAACGUCCCUCCAAGAAAUCUUACAGCAAAUUAAGAGUUACACGCGAGUCUUUUAAAACGACCAAAAUUGGACUUAGUCUGAUUUCUACAUUCUGUAAGUUCAGUUACUGUUUGCGGGUUUUUUUUCGUUUGUAUUUUAAUUCUAUUUUCACUGUCUGCAAAUGAUGCAUACUUUUUAAGGCAAAGAUGUGGUUAAACCUUGCUUCCAUUUCUAGUUUUGAAAACAUCGACAUAAAGCUCAAAUUUAAACUUGUUUUGAAUGGGAGAUAUAGAAAAUGGUCGUACCUAUUUUCAUUUUUAGAUAUUAAAUGAAAAUCUGGCUGGUCAAACUACUAAUGAGGAUACAGAGAAAGAAGACAAUCCUGAAGAAGAGGUGAUCUCUUUGAAAGGAAGUUCUGCACCUGAGGAGAGUGCUGACACUAUGGGGGCUCCCAAUCUCAACCCUAAGGAGUCUCCAGAAGUCGAGGGUGUUCUGAAUACAAGUCAGGGUUCUUUGCUUGAGGUAAAUCCUGAAGGGAGGGCUGCAUCCCUGAGACUGAGACGGGUGAGAUAA